UGGCCCAAACAAAAAUUCUUUUUCUGCUAACUGGGGAUAUAUCCCCCUCGCGGCACAUAUAGUGACUCUUGAGUGAACCUGCAAACCCCAAUCCAAAUGUGACCGAAUCGAGAUGGAUCUUCGUGGCUAUAGUCUCCCGAUCCAUACUCCUUACUACCCACACCUGCGAGGACGUUCUGGUGAAACAAAGCCAGACCUGAGGGACCCUUACAUGUACGAGCCAGAUCACUCAGUCGGCAACCUCAGUUUGUCUGAAGACCAACCAGAAGACAUGCCUUACUGGACCGGCUCGCCGAAGAGACAUGCCCAUAGGGGAAGCCCUCGGGGCUCGGAUCACAACCCCCGCGAGCGCAAGAAGCCCUUGGGCAUGCCAAGGAAAGAAAACCCCGGCAUCGAUGUUGCAUUACGCAACCUCCAUCACGAGGUGAGCACGUCGCUGAAAAUGUUCCAAGCCUUUGUGCAGUGCUUCGAGAGCCAGGUCAAGCCGCUCCAGGACUGGGCCGAGGACUACACACUGGAUACAGUCUGGAGAAACAAGGUCAAGGACCAGUUUCGCGGAAAGCGCGACAGGGGCAAGUUUGAAGGGGCGGCAGCGCGCUUCUUGGACAACAGAACAACCAUCAAGAACGCCGUGAGGAACGCCAAAUCCCUUAACGAGGCAUGCGACGACAAAUACAAGAUCGAGCGCGAGAUCCGCACGGCCAAGAAGGCGCUCCUCUACUGUGACGGCAUCAUCGACCUUGCCGAAAGAUCACCGAGUGAGCGGCUGGCUUGCAAGCAGCUGGUGACUGAGCUCGAAGAAGUGAAGUGCCUGCUGGAACGGAGGAAGCACCCAUGGAUCUGUAAGUGACUUGGACCGGGGACCCGUCUGAGAGCCCCCAAAGUGGGCCAAACGGUCAGGUGCUGAUACUCGGAUGCAGAUGGUGAUGAAGCUGUCGACCAGGAAGGAGGAUUCUCGAAGCGUUCGAGACCCCCGGCAAGAAAGGGCAAGGAGGAAAAGCCGAAGAGAAGUGAUAUGGGCUCAGAAAACGAGAGGUUCGACGAGGAGGAUGGUGGUAGAGCAGAGCAGCAGCACGAGCCGGACUACUCCUUUGACAAUGCGGCAGAUAACCCCCCGGAUGACGCAGGUGACCACCAUGGUGGUGAGGCAUGGUAGUUAAGAGAGAGCCGGUAGCUCAGCACAAAGCUAACGUCGGCCGAGGUGGCGGGCGGUGGUUGAUUCAGAGCCCAUGAUCGUUAGCAGUAUCCUUAUCCCCAAUGGGAGAGUAUGGAAGCGACUUCUUACCUGAGAAAAAAA